AUGGGGAAGAGGGAGGCCGCGGCGGCGGCGCCUGGGCCCGACAAGCCCGAACCCCACGGAGCUGCAGAGAAGCGGGCAAGGAGUGGCCACGGUGACGAGACGGCCGACGAUUUCAUCAGCGGGCUCCCCGAUGUCGUCCUUGGCUCCAUCAUCUCCCUCCUCCCCACCAAGGACGGCGGCCGCACGCCGGUCCUCUCCCGCCGAUGGCGCCACCUGUGGCGCUCCGCGCCUCUCAAUCUCGCGGCCACCCUCGCCCCCGUCCGCACCUCCUCCCGUUGCGUCCCCGCCCGCACCUCCUUCCGCGUCCUACCCUCCGCCGUCUCCGAGAUAAUCUCACAGCACCCUGGCCCUGCCCGCCGGUUUUACUUGCGUUGCCCCGGCGCCGGAGACCCAGGCGCCGACGACCUCUGCGCCCAGGCGGAGAGCUGGCUUCACUCCCCGGCACUCGCCAACCUCGAGGAGCUCGAUAUCAGCUACGCCAACCCCCAGCUGCUGCCAUCUGCGCUCCGCUCUGCAUCCACCCUCCUCGUUGCCAAGAUGAGCCAUUGUGGUUUCCCCAACGAGAUCGGGCCGUCCAUGAACUUCCCCCUCCUCAAGCAGCUCUCCUUGAUGGACGUUUACAUCUCGGAGGAUGUCUUCCACGAUUUGCUCUCUGGUUGCCAUGCCUUGGAGAGUCUUUACGUGUCCAAAGUUUUUGGUGUGAGAUGCCUCCGUAUUAGCUCGCCGAAAAUCAGGAGCAUCGGCUUCUAUUUCCAUAGCUCCAAACAAAAAGGAGAACUGGUCAUCGAGGAUGCUCCUCGGCUUGUAAGGUUACUAAUACCUUAUUAUGGUGCCUAUGACGAUGAUUGUGUUACUAUCCGGGUAGUUAGGGCGCCUAAACUGGAGAUAUUGGGCCCUUUGCUACUCGUCGUCUCCAAGCUCCUAGUCUCCCAGGUAGGAAUAAGCCCAGUCAGCUCGGCAAACUCAAUGCGCACCGUCAAGAUUUUGGCUCUCAGGUCUUCUGGCCAUGAAUUGGACCCAGUUCUUAACAUCCUCAGGCGGUUUCCUUGUCUGGAACAGCUCUAUGUCAUUUUUCACAAACACAAUGAGCAGGAUAAGAAAAAUGGGCCUCGGUAUGACCCACUACAUCCAAUUGAAUGCCUUCAAACCCAUCUCAAGAGAGUGGUGUUUCGGCCAUUCACGGGCAAUGACAAACAGUAUGAAUUCGCCAGGUUCUUUGUUUUGAAUGCAGUAGUGUUAAACAAAGUUGAAUUCGAAGGAUUCGGUGACUACAACAGUGUAUCGUUGGCUUAUCAACACAGUUUUCUACAAGUAGAAAACAGAGCUUCUCGAGAUGCUCAAUUUGAAUUCAGGAGAUAUAUUCGUACCGAGCACCAGUUCGUAGAGCACAUCCAUGAUUUGUCAGUGGUUGACCCGUUCAGCAGCCAUAGCCAAGAUUGA